AUGCCAUUUGUGUUAAUAAGUGGAUAUCCUUGUAGUGGUAAAACCACUUUUGCAAAUCAACUUGUUAAAUACAUUAAUGAAAAUUAUCCAGAAACUCCAGUUGAGUUAAUUAACGAAGAAACUCUUGGAAUUUUACGACAAGAAGCAUACAAAACAAUGCAAACUGAAGAUAGAAUGAGAACUGCUUUAAAAGGACAGGUAUUACGUUUUUUAAAUCGAGAGACUAUUGUAAUACUAGAUUCAUUAAAUUAUAAUAAAUCAUUUAGGUAUGAAUUAAAAUGCCAUUGUAAAUCAAUUGCAUCAACUAGCGUUACUAUUUCUGUUACUGCUCCACAAGAAAAAUGUAUUGAAUGGAAUUCUCAAAGAGAAGAAAAAUACUCAGAUGAAAUGGUUGUAGAAUUAAUAGAACGAUAUGAAGUACCAUUACCGUCUCAUAAAUGGGACCAACCGUUAUUUAAUAUUCAACCUGGAGAAGAACUACCAUGCAAACAAAUUUGUGAAAUUCUUUUUAAUAAAUUUACUGGAAGAAUUAAUUUUAGUGUAAAACAGGAUACCGUUGAAAGUAGUACUACUGUAACUCAAAUUGAUGCUGUAACCCAAGACAUUAUUGGAGUAGUAAUGAAAGUUGUUAAUUCACCAACAUUCGUUGGAGGUGAUCCUAUUGUUGUACCACAAAGUAGUACUCGAGUUGUUCUUCCAAGAAAAGUUUCAGUUGCUGAAAUUAAUAGAGUACGUCGUUCAUUCUUAAAAUUGAUUCAACAAAACUUGAUUACUUUAGAUAAUAAUGGUGGGGAUGCAUUUGUUGCAUUCCUUAAUUCUGCUUUCUUAUAA